GCAUUCUGGGUCGUUAAUGGCGCGCACCGAAUUCAAGCAGUUCAAACUUGCUGCUAUCGUCGAGGAUAAUUUCAAUGUAAUUUUCUAAAUAUACCUAUAUCAAAAGUGUUUGACAAUUACAUAAAAGGGAUCUUCCUUGGAGAUUGAUAAAUACCCGGUCUGACGGCGAAGAUACCAAGACUUGACUAGUGAUCAUGUUUGGGUCUACUUCCAAGACGCCGUUUGGUACGGGAUCGACGUUCGGCACCGGAACAACUGCAUUUGGUGCCCAGAACACCGCCUCCCCAUUUGGCCAAACAUCAGCUGCUUCAGGCGGCCUGUUUGGUAACAAGACGCAGACUGGGUUUGGCUCUGGCUUUGGAACCACACAGACCACUGGGACUGGCCUCUUUGGUGCUGCGGGCACCAAUACAGCGACUGGACUGUUUGGUGGUGGCACUGUGACUGGCAGUAUGUUUGGCCAGCCAGCCUCAGCAGUGUCCACUGGAUUUGGCGGGUUUGGCUCAACGGCAGGCACAAACACUGGGGGGCUGUUUGGUAACACUGCAGCAUCUGGCACCACCACAGGAACUGGUCUGUUUGGUCAGACGCAGGGAGCGGCUUUUGGUGGUACCUCUACCUCUGGUUUUGGUACUUCAGGGAGUCUCUUCAGUGCUCCGUCCACAAGCACAACUGGUGGAAGUCUGUUUGGAGGAACUACAGGGGCCACUCAGAGCUCUUUAUUUGGGGGUACUGGUACUGGAGCAACCACAGCAUUUGGAGGUUUUGGUGCAGCAUCAACUGCUACAGGACAAGCGGGGACGCCUAUUAAAUUUUCUGUCAUUCGAGGGACAGACCAAGUGGUCAAGAAUGGACUUACAACUAAUGUGAACACACAGCAUCAGAGCAUCACUGUGAUGAAGGAAUAUGAGACCAAAAGCUUUGAGGAAUUGCGCUUUGAGGACUAUACUCUGGGCCGUAAGAGUGGCGCGACUGGGGCCACCGCAUCGACAGGAGGCCUGUUCUCUUCCACUCCAGCGACAUCAGCAUCUACUGGCGGUUUGUUUGGAACCACUGCCACUAGCACUGGUUUUGGGGGGACUUCAGCGUUUGGACAGAGCAAGACUGGAUUUGGAACAGGAACCACUGCAUUUGGUACCGGCACCACUGCUUUCGGCCAGCAGCAAACAGGAGGAUUGUUUGGUGCUAGUAAACCUGGUGGUCUGUUUGGUACAAACACUGCAACUACCAGUACGACUGGCUUUGGUGGUUUUGGCACUACACCAGCAAGUGGGGGACUCUUUGGACAGACAGCAACUUCUCAGACAGGUGGCCUCUUUGGGGGUACUACGACUACUCAGGCGGGCGGGCUGUUUGGUGGUGGUGCAACUGGAUUUGGGGCGGCCACAGGCACCACUGGUACUGGACUGUUUGGGCAAAGUACUGGCUUUGGGCAGACCAGCCAACAGUCCAGCCUUUUUGGUAACAAGCUUGCAACCUCAACAACUGGCUUUGGGGCGACCAACACUGGCGGUCUGCUGGGGCUGUCAGCACAGAAGCCUGCGACUGGCUUUGGUACAACAGGCCUUGGCACUGGUACAUUUGGGGCAGGAACAACUGGCACACAAGGCUUGUUUGGCAACACCGCUACCGCCUUUGGCAAGCCAGCCACUGGUCUCGGCACUACUGGUUUUGGUGGUACUGGUACUGGCUUAUUUGGCGGUACUACCGGCCUUGGAACUACAACUACAGGCCUAGGAAGUGGCCUGGGGGGCUCAAUGUUUGGUAACACCCUCGGACAACCAGCAACUGGCCUCAACCUUGGUGGGGUUACCAACAAUCUGAAUAUCGCCACAAGUAACCAGGCAAGUUUGUUAUUAGCACAGCAGCAGCUCCAGCAGCAUAUCAUGGCCCUCAACAACUCUCCUUUUGGUGACUCUAAGCUUUUCAGGAAUUCUUUGACGGAAAAGGCAAAGGCUGAUAGGGUUGCCAAUACAACCACUGUUAACUCCCAAAGAUUAGGGUCACCCUCACAUUAUAAGGUUUCUGCAAAACUAACUGCCAAAAUAAAGCCACGGCCAAUCAGUAACCAUUCCAUGAAUAAGUCCCAGAUGUUUGAUGGAUUGGAGGAGGAGUCAGGGGUGAGUCCCGACACAUUUGUGCCGCGCAAGAGCAUCAAGAAGCUUGUCAUUAGGAACAGAAACACCCCAGAGCAGAUGUCUGGCUCAGCUGAUAAUAUCAGGCUUCGUGUUGCCAACGACGAUGAGGAAGACCUGGUUGCGCCAGUGUCACCCUACCCUCCAUCAUCCCACAGCAGCAGAGCAAUUCAGACCCCCCCGGGACGCAUGACUGACCUGAACGACUCGCGGGGGUCUGAGCACACCACGCCUAUCGGUGUCCGAUUCUCACGUAAUGCUGGCCAGCCUCUGAAUGACACCCUAGAGGAUCUAAACGCCGGGCGGCGGGACAGGAGGGUGGAGGCUGAGGGUGCUGCUGACGGUGGAGAUGAAGCCGAUGGUGAACCAGCGCUAGAGCCGUGCGGUAUCAUCCUCACGAGGCCUGAGUACUACACAGUUCCAUCUAUUGAGCAGCUGAAUGAUAUGGUGGAUGCCAAUGGGGAGGUGUGGGUUGAUGAUUUUGUCAUCGGGAGAGAGGGAUAUGGCGAAGUGAAGUUCCCCGGAAAAACCAAUGUUGCUGAUCUCAAUCUGGAUGAGAUUGUUUUCUUCAGGCGGCGUGAGAUAGAGGUCUACCCAGAUACCUAUCCAAACAAGCCCGAAGUUGGAGAAGAGUUGAACAAGAAGGCAGAAAUUACGCUGAUCAAGGUCUGGCCAAAUGACAAGACCACUCACAAACCCAUCAAGACCCCCGAGAGACUGAAGCAGCAGGGUUGGUUAGAGAGAGUCGAGGCAGCUACAGCUAAACUUGGUGCUACCUUUAUAGAUUACCAGCCACACACUGGAAGCUGGGUAUUCAUGGUGGAACAUUUCACACGGUAUGGCAUCCACGAGUUCCUGGACGAUGAGAAUAUUCAAAAGAGGUUAAAACGUCCACCUGUUGACACAAAUCUGAAGGACAUAGAUGCUGACAAAGAAAAGCUUGCUAUGCUGGAGAAGCUAAGAGCAGCUCAAGAGAAGCAGGAAGCCUACGAGAGAGAGAAAGCACAAAGAGACGAGAUAGCCACAGAGCAAGCCACAGCUUCUGCAUCAGAGAACAUGCAACAGGACGAAGAGAGUGAAGACAUGGAGGACAUUGACCAGCAGACUUUUCCUGAUGAGAUUUAUGAAGACAAAGAAGAGGGUGGAUAUGAUUCCCCUGCAAGCCAUCUUAUAGCAUCAUCCCUUGGCAUCAGUGCUCAUCGCACCCAGCUCAUGAAAGCCUCAAUCUUUGGCGAAUCUGAGGCUGCUCCACGCUCUCCCAAGCUCAAGGAGCGACCAGUUGACCACUCCUUUGCCAUGGAUGAUGACACCCAAAGGAUUGCAUUUCCUGGAAUAUUUAGGCACAGUGCAGCACAGUCGCCUAAGUUUCACAGGAUGUUGGAUGCACCAGGCAGUGGACCAGCUUUGUUUGGAAGCCCAAGAAUAGGCACCCUACCUCCCAAGUUCCCCAUGGCUCAUGACUUCACCAGUGCUGCACCUUCUUCACCAAUGAUGUGCCCAAAUGCAGUAGGAAGUGCCUUUGACAUGGGAACCAAGCUUGUUGGAGCCAGAGCCCACCAGAGGGAUCUAGUCCCCAAAGAUGACUCCAUUGUGGACGGCAAGGAGAACCUUAUUGCAGACAUGGGGCUUGUGAUGGGCAGGUCUUUUCGUGUGGGAUGGGGGCCAGGGUUCACUCUAGUCCACAGUGGAAGUCCUCUCGGCACACAGACCAAGAAACCAGCAUCCAUGAUGCAUUCAUCUGUCACCGGAGAUGCAUUAUUUUCGCGAUCAAGACUCCUGACAGAGUCCACAGGAGGGCAGUCACCCUUUGGUGUGGUAGUAGAGAGGUUAAAUAUUGCUCCUGAUUUAAAACCAGACUCCCCUAGUAUGUUGAAGCAGCACCUGCAAGCAUUAGAAGUGGAAUUAGAGCACUGCACCUCAUCCCAGGCAAGUGAUGGUUGCCCAUUCUUUGAGCCAACACCUGGUACCAAAGCUCUCCACCGACAUGCUGAUGUGGCGAAAAAGAACCAAGAAACCCAAGGGUCAAGUUCUAGUCGUGAUGUGGCAUUCCAGCACAGCCUGGUAUGGGAUCUGGUAGUAGCACUGUGGGGUGACCUAGAUGAUAAGGAUACAGCAAGCCAAGGUACUUAUGAGCACCAGGUGGCAAGACGGAAUGCACUCUCUCACUGGCUGGCUGAGGCUGCCAAAGAUAGAGUAAAAGUAGAAGUCGACAAGGCUAACUUUGAGGAUGGUGACUACCUCAAUGCCAUCUUUAGCCACCUAACUGGUCAGCAGAUCAGUAAGGCAUCUCGACUAGCCCAGCGGCAUGGUGACUACCGCUUGUCAUUGCUCCUCUCACAAGCUACUAGUAGUUCCGCCGUCCGAUACCUUCUCCAGAAGCAGCUAAGCGACUGGGAACAGGUCAAGGCUGAUAGCUACAUGACAGAGCUGCGCAUCAAGGUCUAUGCCCUGCUGGCAGGCUGCAUGGUGUGGCGCACUUCUGAUGAUUUCCUCAACACAUGCGAAGAUCUGGACUGGAAAAGAGUCCUCGCAGUGCACAUGUGGUAUCACAACUCUCAGACGUCAUCUAUAAGUGAAAUACUCUCUGGGUACGAGGAUGCAUUUAAGGGCAGGACGAGCUACGGCAAGUAUGGAAAGCCACCACACCCUCCGUACAGGGAAAUAGAUGAGGACUCAGAAUCUGAGGAGGAAGAGGAGAGUGGUGGUGGUGUCUCUAUCCGCGACACAUGCUAUCAUCUGCUCAAGCUGUUCUGUAAACGAUCACAUCGCCUGGAGAGGACCCUGGCGCCUGCCACCUACACCCCACACCAGUUAGACUACAGGUUAAGCUGGCACUUGUACCAAGCGCUCCAGUCUCUGGGAUACUCUCAUCUUUCACAGUACCAUGCCGGCAUGUUACACAGUGGUUUCGCAUCUCAACUUGAACAACUAGGGAUGUGGGAAUGGGCAGCAUUUGUUUUACUUCACAUCACUGAUAAAGAGAGGCGUGAGCAUUCUGUGCGUAGGUUGCUGUUCCGUCACUGUCAGCUCUCCCCGCCUGAUGAGCACCAGAGAAAGGAGCAGUUCCUAAGGGAGAAGCUUCUUAUCCCACCAGAGUGGAUUCAUGAGGCGAAGGCAAUACGUGCUCAGCAUGACUCUAUGCCAAGCGAGGAAGCCCUGCAUCUGCUCAAAUCUAGCCACUGGAACAGGAGUCACAAUGUUUUAAUCUCAAGUCUUGCUAGUGAUGCCAUUAUUAAUGACGAUUACGACACUCUAAAGGCAUUAUUAGCGGAAAUGGCUCCAAGGGAGAGAUCUUCCAACAUUAUGGGCUGGGAGACUGGAGGACAGGUGUUACUUGACUUUCUGAAUAUCACUGAAAAGUUCCAAGAUCUUUCCAAAGGAUCAUGUGAACCGUCCAAAAGAGAAUUUGAAGAGAUUCAUUCACAGGUUGCAUCACUCUGUAACCGCAUUAACAACCUUCCAUGUGCAACAGCAAAAGACAGACUUUGCCAAUAUGAGCUGGCCAAACAGUGUGCAAGUUAUCUCAAAUUGACAACAAGUGAAUUGAGUGACCAUUGCCAAGAUGAAGAUGCUCCCCUCCCCACCCAAAUGAUAGUACCGCACAUCAAUAAACUGCCACUGCCUGAAGACUGUGCACUUGCAGAGUUAGCAGAGCUUACAGAAAAUUAUGUUAGAGAAACAACAAGAGUAUGAUGCCAAGCUAUGUGUAGAUAGGAGUAAAGUAAUUAAGUUCUGCCACAAGACAGCAGGUCAAAAAAGGCAGGCAAAUAACUUCAGUGUUAAUGAUGGGGUCUCGCAAAUGUCCACUCAUUGUUUUUUGAAUAAAGAGCAUUACAUUUGA